AUGUUGCCAUUGUUUUUUUUCUCGCGUUUUUCUAAGAAUUAUAAACAUUAUAAGAAAAAAUUAUCACAAGAUAAAUAUUCAGAGAAUUCGUCAUCAAAUUAUAAAAAAAAUAUCUUUGAGUCUGAUCAAUGGCUUAGAUCUUUACGUUCUUUAAGUGUUUAUAGUAAAAAUUGGCGGUCGAGUAUAUUAAAAUUUAAAAAGAGGUCAUUUAGUUUUUCUUCAAGAUCAUAUUUAUAUUCUCCCGAACCUUCUGAACAAAAUAACAAAGAUUUUUUCGUAGACGAUAUCUUUAGGACUAAUACAGCGACGUCUUUUAUUUCAGGAUUAUCUACAAAUACAUAUUGUUCAUCUCGCACAUAUAAGAUAGAUGGUUUUAAAAUAUUUAAAUCGAGACCCUCUGUAUAUUUAAAGGGUAGUAUUAUCUCUACUGAAAGGCCUUUUCCAAUUGAAGCGGAAUUGAGGCGAAAUUCCCAAGAUAGUUAUAUCUCUAGUUUGGCAGAUGAAAUGAAUACUGCUGAAAUUCGAAUACUUCUUGAACGUGAUCAAAGACGAAGGAAAAGAAAUAAAACCAGUAGAAAAAGCCAGUCAAUGGGUUUUGAAAGGGUGCCUGAUUUAACUGCAAAUACUUUGUUGAAUAGAAAAAUCUCUGAUGAUGUUGUGUUGAAUCAAUUACCGAUGGAGCAUCAGCACUUUAAUUUAAUUUCUGAAUCUCGGAGAAAUCCUAUUGAAUUGUCGUCUAAAUUUAAUAAUAACAUGCCUUCUGUACAAAAUUCUAAUCAUUCUCAAAAUUAUCAUCAUAAAAAUAUAAACCGCAAUUCUACAUUUAAUUUUAUCUCUAAUAAUUAUAACAAUGAGCAGAAAAAUAAGGAAACUGCUUUAUUUUCUGGGAAAAACACUAGUUUGGAAACGAUUAAUGAAUUGGAUGAGCAAAAGGAUCAUUCUCUCGUUGUAAAUCAAGAUAUGAUAGUUUAUUUGGAUAAUAAUAAUAAUCAAGAGACUCAAUUCGAUUCUACGCAUCAGGAUUUAUCUUUAUUUAAUGAUUCUAUCCAAAAUAAAUUUCAAAAUAAAAAGGAUCAUGUGUUUCAUCCUUUGUUUUCAUCUCAAUCACAUGUAUCUCAGCAAACAGCACAUCCCGUAGAAUUGAGUCGACAUUCACAAAUACUAGAAAAGAAUUCUAUACGUGAGGGUUUUGCUCAAACAACUGAUAUUAAUUUAAAAACAGAUAAUAUGGGAAAUUGUAGCCUUCCUACAGUUUUUGAUUCUCCAUUUACUACAAUUUCUUCUCAAGAAUCUGAUGAGUCUAGUUUGCAAACAUUAACGUCAAAAAAUCUAUCGCAUAUCCUGAAUAAUUACGAAUCAUCUAAGAAUGUAUAUUCAUAUAUUACCGAUAAUUUUUCUGAACUUUUUGCACUUUAUAAUGAAGUUGAUUUUACGCCUGCUAAUACAUUUUUAGAUUAA